AUGGAUUCAAGUAUUCCUGCCCCCUCUAUUGAGGAUGGCUCACAAUCUGCCGCCCAAAUGCGGCAACCAAAAAAGAGAUUUGUCGGACGACGAACAGCGGAUGCCCAAGCCCAGAAGGAUACGACCAGUCAGAAAGAUGUUGAGUCCACGGCCGUGCAAACUGCCGCUCCCAGACGCACUCCCCGCACGCUCAACCAAGUGCCGCCAGAGAUUCUGAACGAUCCCGAGAUCCAAGAAGCAAUGGAGCUUCUCCCCAAGAACUACUCAUUCGAGAUCCCGAAGACAAUCCACCGAGUCCGCACAUCAGGUGCCAAGCGAGUAGCCCUUCAAUUCCCAGAGGGACUCCUCAUCUUCGCGACCACCAUCUCCGACAUCCUCACCCAGUUCUGCCCUGGAAUCGAAACCCUCAUCAUGGGCGACGUCACCUACGGCGCCUGCUGCAUUGACGACUACACAGCGCGCGCCCUAGGCUGUGAUCUGCUAGUACACUACGCACACAGCUGCCUGAUCCCAGUCGACGUAACCCAGAUCAAAACGCUCUACAUCUUCGUGGACAUCAGCAUCGACACAAGCCAUCUCCUCGCAACUCUAGAGCGCAACUUCAAGCCAGGGCAGUCGAUCGCGACAGUAGGCACGAUCCAAUUCAACGCGACGCUACACGGACUGAAACCCGUGCUUGAGCGUGCCGGCUUCCGCGUCAUAAUCCCACAAAUUACACCACUCUCUAAAGGCGAGAUCCUCGGCUGUACAUCACCCCAACUCUCCGAAACCGAAAUCGACGCAAUCCUCUACCUCGGCGACGGCCGCUUCCACCUUGAAUCCGCCAUGAUCCACAACCCCUCCAUUCCAGCCUACCGGUACGAUCCGUACUCGCGAACCCUGACGCGCGAAAGCUAUGAGCACGAGGAGAUGCAAACUAUCCGCCGGGACGCGAUCGCCACAGCCAAAACCGCGAAAAAGUGGGGGGAUUAUCCUCGGCUCGCUCGGUCGACAAGUGAGAUCUUCCCCGGGAAGCUUGCGUCUAUGGCGGAUGUGGAAUGCUGGGUGCAGAUUGCUUGUCCGCGGUUGAGUAUUGAUUGGGGAUAUGCGUUCCCGCGGCCGCUGCUAACACCGUAUGAGGCGCUUGUUGCGCUGGGUGUGCGGGAGAACUGGGAUACGGGGAAUAAGGGCGUGUAUCCGAUGGACUUUUAUGCGAAGGAGGGGCUUGGGCGGACGAAGCCGCAGCAGGCUUAA